CUUUCGAUAUCUUCUCUAGAGCUAUUCGAAGCUUCCGCGUCUCUCAUCGUCACGGUGACGAACAAAAAUGACACAGACGGUCAUUCGUGAUGCAUGAGUGAUUUUGAAGAUGGUUUCGGAGAGAAAAGGUGAGUCGGGCGGUUUCAAGAUGAGCGAUGCGAAGGACGCGGAAGCGUCCGGGAACAUCCAGGACAUGAACGACUAUGUGCUCAAUCUUCCACGUCCGCUCAAUAUCGAGGAAAAGAAAUAUCUGUUGGCCGUGGAAAGGGGCGACCUGCCGAAUGUCAAGAAACUUCUGCAGCUAGCGAACAAGGACAAAGAAAAACAACUCGAUGUAAACUGUGCGGAUAGUCUGGGUCGCGGCGCCUUGACGCUGGCCAUAGAGGCGGAAAAUUUAGAAAUGGUCGAAUUGCUCGUCGUGAUGGGAGUCGAGACCAAAGACGCCCUGCUUCACGCUAUCGAUCAGGAAUUUGUAGAGGCAGUCGAACUGUUGCUGGAACACGAGGAACUUCUUACGGCGAAUCAAAUAAUGGAAGAUAAUAAAAAGGAGAUUAUACAUAGUUGGCAGAAGGUCGAUCCCGCAUCCGCUAGAUAUCCGAUGGACAUGACACCUCUGGUGCUCGCGGCGCAGCGCAAUAAUUACGAGAUCUUGAAGCUACUGCUGGACCGAGGAGCCACUUUGCCGAUGCCACACGAUGUGAGAUGCGGCUGUGAAGAUUGUCUUCGAGCAGUGACCAGCGAUCCGUUGAGAUUGUCAUCGACCAGAAUUUCCGAAUACAAAGCUCUAGCGAGUCCAAGUUUGUUAGCACUGAGCUCUUCGGACCCUCUAAUGAGAGCCUUUCAGCUGAGCUGGGAACUCAGAGAACUGAUUGUGUCGGAACCGGAGAGCAGAACCGAGUAUUUGAAGCUUCGGCGACAAGUAGAAAAAUUUGCCGUGGACCUGUUGCAACACGUUCGAACCACCACGGAACUGGACACCAUUUUGAAUUACGAUCCUGACGAAGAAAAUGUCGAAUUCAGCAAGCAACUGGCACGACUGGAACAAGCUAUAAAAUACAAGCAAAAGAAAUUCGUUUCGCAUUCUCACGUUCAGCAACUGCUCGCGGCAAUGUGGUACGAAGGUGUUCCCGGAUUCCGAAGAAUGUCUACGAAAGAGAGAGUUGGCAUUCUUGUAAAGACGGCGUUUCUAUUUCCGUUUUAUUGUAUCAUGUAUUAUCUGAUGCCCGGGUCGAACACGGGACAACUUAUGCGACGACCGUUUAUGAAAUUCUUGGUUCACGCGUCGUCCUAUUUGUUCUUCCUGUUUAUACUCAUGCUAGUGUCGCAGCGCGCGGAAGUGCAAAUUGUCAGACUUCUGGGUACCCAGGAAAUGAAAAGGAAUCUCGAGGCUUAUUUAGCCCGACAAAGGGGUGCGCCUCCUACACCACUGGAGGGGAUUGUGGUGUUUUACGUUUUUGGAUUUAUUUGGGAAGAAACAAGAGAGAUGUACGUGGACGGUCUACGAGCUUAUUUACGGAACAUGUGGAACUUCAUCGACUUCACGCGAAACAUGCUCUACCUCGCAACUGGCGUUCUCAGACUGGCGGCUUAUCUUCAACAAUAUGCCGAGAUAAGACAGGAUCCGUCGGCCGCGUUGAUACCGAGAGAAAACUGGAGCGAUUUUGAUCCGCAGCUGAUUGCGGAGGGUCUGUUUGCGGCCGCGAAUGUUUUCAGUGCCUUGAAACUCGUUCAUCUUUUUAGCAUCAAUCCGCAUCUGGGUCCUCUUCAGAUAUCGUUGGGCAGAAUGGUGAUCGACAUCGUAAAGUUCUUUUUUAUCUACACCUUGGUGUUAUUCGCCUUCGCCUGCGGUUUAAAUCAGUUACUUUGGUAUUUUGCGGAACUCGAGAGGCGAAAGUGUUACAGUAAUAUGAUGGAUCCAUCGUGGGAUGCAGAUACUGAAGCUUGCUUAAGAUGGAGAAGAUUCAGCAAUCUGUUCGAAUCAUGUCAGAGUCUUUUCUGGGCCAGUUUCGGUAUGGUUGGUAUCGAAACCUUCGAACUUGCUGGAAUCAAAUCGUACACCAGAUUCUGGGGUUUGCUGAUGUUCGGAUCGUAUUCCGUAAUUAACGUGAUUGUCCUAUUGAAUCUACUGAUAGCUAUGAUGAGCAACAGCUACGCCGUGAUUGAGGAACAUUCCGACACGGAGUGGAAAUUCGCGCGAACUAAGUUAUGGAUGAGUUACUUCGAAGACACCGGCACCCUGCCACCACCGUUUAAUAUCUUUCCGCCGCCGAAAUUGCUUUUUCGACUUUGCGGCUUGCAGAAGAAGCCUGUCGGUCGGCGCAGCAGUCAGCGGCGACGUGCGCAAGACUAUAAAUACGAAGCCGUGAUGAGAGCUUUGAUAUGGCGCUACGUUGUAAACGCGCAUAGCGAGCACGAAAUGGAACCCGUUACCGAGGACGACGUUCACGAACUCAAAAGUGACUUGUCAUCCUGGAGAUGCGAACUCCUGGACAUCUUGCGCAGAAACGGCAUGGAUAUCGGCACCGCCGAUAAAAAAGAAAGGACUGUACUAGGUAAGAAGAUGAAAGUCUGGGAGAGAAGAUUAAUGAAAGACUUCACGGUGGCGGGUCCUGUGAAUGCAGCCGAAACCGAUCUUCAGGAAGAAAUGGCUCUGCUCCAACCCGAAGACGAGAACAUCGUCCAGAGAUGGAAGAGAGUCGCCAGAUUAGCUGUACUGACUUCGGUUGAGCAACGCUGGAGCCAAGUCGUGAAAAGUGCGGUCGUUAAAAGCUCGCAAAUCGGCAAAAGCACCUCCAGAGCGUCGCUGCAGAGUCAGCAGAGUCUACAGAGAGCGAUGGAAGAGGCGAAACGUCUGGCGCAAAAGAGUCCAAUCCAACCGGACGUGCCGAUGGAAUUGCCGGAAACUACUGCGGCGACGAUACUGCACGUUCUGCAUGAAAUCGUCGAAACCGACGGCGAGCCUAGAACUCCGGGAUCCAUAACUUCAUCACCUAAAUCUCCAAAACAAGCCAAAACUCAGGAGUUACCUAGACAAGGAAUUAGUUCUCAACCGUUCGAAUCCGAACAGACAAAAUUAUCGCUCGAUUUCGUCAACGAGAAAACCGCAAAAGCGCCUUUGUUACUAGUUCGUACGUCACCACCACGAGUAAUAAAGAGAAAACGUCAACCCAAAAUUCAACUACCAGCCGAACAAUCAUCAACCUCUAAUCAGCCCGCAACCACUCAAUUCUUAACUGUUCUUCCGGCUGCUUCUACCACGUCAAUCAGUACUUGUACUGUGUCGACGACUGUCGUUACUACUACUGGGUCCAACGCAACAACUACUUCUACUGCUGUCAAACCCGCAGUUUCCGUCAAUACGAAAUCCAUUACCACUACCACUACUUCUACUGACGCGAAAACUUUCUCUAGCGCGUCCAAGGAAAGUCAAAGUAAACCCGGUGCUGCAGCCGCGAGCGCGUCCACAAUCAAAGACAGAACCAGUUCGAUCAGAAUGCGUCCGAAAUCUUUGCACAGUCCUAAACUUCCGUGUAUCCCGACAAUUACUUCGACUUCGGACGGUGGCAAAGAUGAAGCUCGAGAAAAGCUCGUCGACGUUACAUCGCGUAACAAAUUAAGAGGGGGCUGGCUCUAGGUUUGAAGUAUUGUAAGAGAUAAAAAAUUUAUUAAUUAUCAGUUAAUAGAGAAAUUAAAAUAAUUUUGUAUUGAUAUAUCAAAAACACAACUGCGUUA